CUCCAGCAUAUGAAAUCCGUUCUCCCGUCGUCGUGUAUGGGUUUAUUAGGCGCCCCCACAAACACAAAUUCUAUUAUUCGUUAACAACCUUCUCCACCCGUGCACCAUGUCGAAGAAAGCACCAGAUCCUGAGAAACAAUCCUUACCGACAGCUCAACCAGUACAAUCCAGCAACUUCAAGCGGCGCAUCGUUUCCUUUAUCUGUCUUUCCACUACAUUAUAUGGAUUAUACUCCCUCACCCACAUCUGGAGCCGAGUCGCGACGGUUCAUAGGGAUGUACUACAUGUCAAACCACCUCCAUUAGACGUGCAUGAAAGAGAGAAACUCUUCCUCUCGGUUCCAAACGGUAAAAGUGCUCAUGCUGCCGCAAAGACCUUUGCCAGUCAUCCACACGUUGCAGGCUCACCCCAAGAUUACGAAGACGCGCAAAAGAUGCUUUCCUUCUUCCAAACCGAACUAGGCAUCAAACCACCCCGAAAGCCACCCAUCUUCCCCGCAGGAACCCCAAAGUCCCGCGCAGCUACCAUCGGGCUCACUGAACUACUGCGCCCUCAUGGACCCACCGCAUGGAUCGAUGUCUAUUACCCGAUUCUCGACGCACCGCUUGGCAGGAGCCUGGAACUACUGGAUACCAAAGGAAACUCGAUGUGGAGCGCCGAUCUGAACGAGGAUGGUGAUCCAUUAGACGAAGACGCACACGCCUAUCGGGAUUUCGUACCUGCCUGGCACGGAUUCAGUAGCCACGGAGAAGCUGAAGGCCAGAUUAUAUACGCGAAUUACGGAACCAAAGAGGAUUACGAUGAACUCGUCGAAGCAGGUACCAACCUCACUGGCAAAAUCGUUUUAGUACGUUACGGUGACACAGCCCGUGGACUCAAGGUUAAAGGUGCAGAAGAACUAGGCGCAGCCGGUGUUCUCAUCUAUUCCGACAUCCGCGAUGACGGCUACGUCACCGUCGAAAACGGGUACGAGCCUUACCCACGAGGACCAGCUCGAAACCCUACUUCCAUUCAACGUGGAAGCGUCCUGUAUUUCACAAAACACCCCGGAGAUCCAACCACACCAGGGUACCCCGCUUAUGAACGCGCCGAACGACAGGAGCCUGUGAACCUCGUGAAGAUUCCCAGUCUUCCGAUUUCGUGGCAUAAUGCUCAACGAAUUUUGGAGGAGGUCGGGGAAAUAUAUACACAGGAUUCUGACAUUAGAAAGAAGAAGCUAAGUGGGAAGAGUUCGAUCUCGAAAGUUAGAAUGGUCAACCAUGUUGACUAUAACAUCACUCCCAUAUGGAAUACGAUGGCGGCUAUUCCUGGUCAUAUUAAGGAUGAGGUGGGUAUCGUGGGCAAUCAUCGAGAUGCUUGGGUACUAGGCGCUGGUGACCCUAUCAGCGGAACCGCAUCUCUCCACGAGAUCGUACGAGGGUUUGGGGAACUGCUAAGGCAAGGAUGGAAACCGCUUCGAACGAUCUUGAUUGCAAGUUGGGAUGCGGAGGAGCAUGGUUUGAUCGGUAGCACAGAGUACGGCGAAGACUUCGCCGACUGGCUCUCGGAACACGCGAUCACGUACGUGAACGUCGACGUAUCUUCCGCAGGCUCGAGAUGGACUGCGUUGGGGUCACCUUCGCUUGCUCAUCUCAUCAAACGAGCGGCCCUAGACAUUCCUCAUCCAACUGAAGAAGGGAAAACCCUUUGGGAUGCGCGUGACGAUAAGGGGCCCUUCUCUGGUUUGAACGGGACUCAGAGUACGUCGGCGUGGGCUGAUCCGGAAUACAUUCAGGAUUAUGAGAAAAAGGUAGAAGAGGAAGCUAGUUUGUCGACCGGUGUGGGCCCUUUGGGAAGUGGAAGUGAUUUUACAGUGUUUUUGCAGAGGCUUGGUAUUGCCAGUAUGGAUCAAAACUUCGCACCAACACCUUACGACGCAGUCUGGCACGAUCACUCGAUUUAUGAUACUGUUCGAUGGCAGGAGGAAUAUGCGGAUCCGGGAUAUAACAAACAUGUCGCUGUCGCACGACACUUGGGAUUGACGGUCAUGCGACUCACAGAUACAGUCAUCAUUCCCCUCAACACAACCCAGUACGCGUUUGAGUUGGAUGACUAUCUGGACAAAGUUGAAGACCUCGCUGCUGACAUUUUCGGUGACGGCGAGGACGACGACAUCACACCACACCUCUCCCUUCUCCGCGAUCAAAUUGAACGGCUUCAAGAUGCGAGUCUGGAAUUGGACGAGGAGAAAGUAGCUGCUGAGGAGAAUUUCAGGAAAGCUCUUGAUAGAUUGCCUUCAUUCCCUAGACCAGCAAGUUCCCGCUCCCACUCGCAUCGUUGUGGAGGAGUGACUGGGCGUCUUUCGGCUUGGUAUCACUCCAUUUUUGGUCCCAACGAAUCCGAAACUGUUUACGACCACAUCGACGACUGGAAGGACUUUUUAUCUCUACCCCUCGAGGAUGGAGAUUCCUUUGCGAGACUUUCCCGGUUACCGUUCCCUAAGAACCCAUGGUUGGACUUUCUCAGAGCCGCAAGACGACUAGUUAAAGUGAAUAAGAAGGUUUUCGGAUUCGAACGAGGAUUCCUUCACCCGGAUGGGAUUAGUAAAGACCGGGAGUGGUACAGGCAUUUGGGUGUUGCGCCCGGGAAAUGGCUUGGGUACGGUGCUACGACUUUCCCUGCGUUAACGGAGGCGAUUACGAUCGAUAAGAAUGCAGAUGCUGCGAAGGAGGAGGUGUUGAGGUUGAUUGAAGUUUUGGUUGGGUUGACGGCGCAGACGAGGCCCUAAGGGUUGAGUCGAAGAAUAAGAAUACGGUAUAUGUAUAUAUGUAGGGUGAAUCAGUACACGAUAGUCCUUUUUUAUUAUCAUUCUGUGUUUAUUGCUGCGUG